AUGCACUGUCUACCGCAUCGAAUAGCAGAAGAAGAUACCCCUGACAGCUUUUUCGACGGCUACCAAUCCAAACACGUCUGCUGGAACCGACGCAUGACACUCCAAAACGCGCAGCUGCCGGCCAUUGCAUACAUCAACAGCGAGUCUCGGCAAGUUGCAUUGGGGCAAGGACGCCUAUUGGAGCCGGCUGAUGUGAGAACCAUGGAGUCGCUAUGGGUGCAGCCGCAUCGAGAUUUGCUGCAUCUUAACUGGACGCGAUUGACCUAUGCUUCCUGGGGAGUUGAUUCCGACGCUCCAGGCUGGGUCGACGAGUUUCUAUUGCAAGCGAAGGAACUUGGGAUGCGGCCUUCUGUCGCGGCAGAUCUUAUUCACGUUUUUAGCUUGAAGGCAGUGUUGGAUUGCGCUGGCGAUGCCGAUGCGCUUGGCACCCAUAACCCUUUUCAUUUCGGCAUAUCGGACAUCGCGAAAAUUCUUUAUCACUGCAGAGGAGAAGGAGCUGAUGACGUGCGCCAAAUGGUCGAUAUCCCACCUUGGGCGAAAGGUCAACGCAGCAGGCUAGACAUAGCCAUGGCGGGGGUUUCUCUGCACAUCACCAGGGAAGUUGCUCUGAGGUCUGGUCUAUUCGGGCCGCUGGGCGAUGCGCCUGUUCAGAUGGUCGAUGUUGACGAUGAGGCUCGGUUGAGGGAAUUCCAAGCACUAUACCGGGAACACGCAUUGGAAAAGGAACCGGUCGUGCAAACGCUUUUCGAAACAUUUACCAGUUCUCUAUUCAAAACGGCCGUGGAAAUAUGGAAAAGAAAAGCUGAAUGGACUAUCCUCGCAUACAUGUGGCAGUCGGCUCGAGACAGAAAUCUCAACAUUCUUGGGACCAACCCGGGCUCCGCUUGGCUGCCUCAACUGUCGGAGCAAGAGUACAUCUAUAUGGACCAGUAUUUGCCCAAUAAGCAGCACCCGUGGGUGAAACAUGCUAGGCAGACUGCACCCAAGCUGCGACUGCGGAUCAUGGUGCGAUAUUGUACCAAUCAGUGUUACAUAAAGGAGCGACUUCCCAAAGGCUUUGCGUUUGAUAAAUAA